AACUGAAAUGUGAAGGGACGUGGGGAAGUGUCAUCUGGUCCUAAACAGCAAACGAUCAAUUUAUCACCAUCUGGCUACUCCCGACAGUCAAUGCACGAUAAUGAGCAUGAAUGAUCAAGAAAUCGUUGGGCUUAUUGAGUGCUUUAGAAACCGUUUGAGGAAGCUGAUUCUUGUCGAACCUCUUAUGGAUCAUUUGCAUUUUCUUGAAGAUGACGAAAAAGAAUUGAUCAGAGUCAAGAUGACAACCCAAGGGAACCUGUGUGCCGUCGACCAGCUCUUGGAGACCAUCAGCAAAAGGGUUCGCCCAAUGAGUUGGUUCAUGGAAUUCAUAGAUGCACUUGAAGCAGUGGGGUGUACACAUGCCGCCAGCUAUAUCAUAAACAGCCCCCCUAGUCCUUCUUUGGAGACCGAAAAUGAUAGUUGUGUUAGAUUGAUAAAUCUCCUCCAAAUGAGCCUAGUGCGGAUGAAGACGCGGGAUGUUUGCGUCAGUUGCUACUCUCUUGAUAUUUUAACUGAAGAGGAUCAUGACAAUAUUAUCACAGAAAUUGAAAAUAAAGGAAAUAUCAGCGGUGCCCGUUUACUUCUCAGAAGACUGGUGCGUAACGAGACGGGAUGGUUUUCCACCUUCCUCAGGGCAUUACAGAAGACCGGCCACCCUGAUCUGGUCAAGGAGCUUAUGGGGGAGGAUCUGGUUGAUGAGGAGGAAAUUGAUCUUUAUACGGAUCCUGAUGAGCAAUUGGAACAGGCCAGUGCAAAUAAGGAUUCCUCCUGCACAUCAGAUGCCCCUGUGAAAGAUGAGCUGCUAGCCGCGGAAUGCCCACCAGUAGUUGGCAGAGUCAGCCCACCUGUGGGAAGCCAUGUGAAGACAGAUGGCACGAGCAGCACAAACAAUCCUCCUGCCGCCGCCUCAACUUCUCCCCCAUCAUCAGAACAUAAAGCAUUGCCACAGGCCGUCUUCACUGGACUGCCGGGUGGUGGUGGCCUGGGAGUGGAUGCAUACGAUUACAAUGAAUGGGACGACUGUGAGCCAGUGGAGGGACAUACAUGGGAUGAUUGGAAUGACUAUGAUGCAGCCGACCUAGAUUCAAGAUGGAUGGAUUAUGAUGGUGAUGAUUAUGAUCGCUAUUUAGGCGACUCAUAUGACAAUGAUUUCUAGGGGAAAAGUAUGCUUUCUUACAUUUAUAUACAUUUAUUAAUUUAGCUUAGCCGCCUCCACUAUCAUCCAAAAUGAUUUACAGAUGCAGACUGACACUAAAGCUGUGUAAAAAGGAGACCUUAAAAUAUUUUCAAGCUUGCCAGGUUAAAUAAUAACCUAAAUAGGACAGACUUGUCUGCGAAUGUCAGGUGGUAACUGAAAGAACAUUUCAUAAAAUUGAAUCAAAAUAGUUUUUUCAAUUGUUUUUGUUUAUUAUUUAUACUACUGGUAGCCAGUGGUAGGCUAGUCUUUGACAGAUAAAUAGACCUUUUUCAAAAUAAUCAUUGUAUUGAUGUUUUUGCUGUGUAGCUUGAUACAAACAAUAUCAAAAUAUAGAUGUUAUACUAUGAAUGUUUGAAACUAUGUUUGAAAUGUAUGAAAACAUGUAUUCGAGAUUACGACACAAACGAUGGCGUCAAUUGACUGGAUUGUCAUAAGACUGAGGCUCACCUUACGGUGAUGACUAUUUAUUUUUCCCCCUUGGUUAAAUAAAAGCCUAACU